AUGGUUUCAGACUCAGCACAAACUUCUUGCAGAUUUUAUUGUCUUCUCAUCCUCAAAGCCAGUGCUGCCAAGGGAUACCUAGCUCCUGCAUACACAGCCACUGGUCGCUUCAGUGUGAAGAGUGAUGUAUAUGCAUUUGGUAUGAUUGUAUUUCAAAUCCUCAGUGGCAAACAGAAAAUCACUCAGUCUAUUCGCCAAGGGGCAGAGUCCUGUAGAUUUCAAGAAUUUAUCGAUUCAAACCUCAAGGGGAAGUUUUCAGAAUCAGAGGCAGCUAAACUUGGAAGAAUUGCUCUUCUUUGCACCCAUGAAUCUCCUAACCACAGGCCAUCCAUGGAAAAUGUGAUGCAAGAAACCGAAUCAAUAUUGUGA